UUCAUAUGCUGAUACAUACUGAUGUAAGCUAUUCAACUGCAUCAAUAUUUUUUCACCUUGACCUUUCCUUUGACCUUGACCUCACUUUUCUCAAUUUGUGUUAAAAUGUUGCAUUACUAAUAUACCCUUGGCGGGGCAUUCAUGUCCUAUGGACAUAUUUCUAGUUUUUUAUUUAUUUUGCAGAAAAAUAUAGGGAAAAUGGCACUUAAUAAAUUUAUGCAUCCAAGAAAUCCAUAUAAGGAAAAGGCUCCUAACUUUAAAGCUCUUUCACUCAAAUAUCCAGAGUUUGCCAAAUGUAUUUUUCAAGACUUGAAAGGAAAAUGUCACUUGGAUUACAAAAGUUCAUCAUCUCUAAGACAACUGGCCAUAGCACUUCUGAAAGAAGAUUUUGAUCUGGAUGUUGAAAUGCCUUUAAACAGACUGAUUCCUACUAUUCCAUUAAGAUUAAACUAUAUUUUGUGGAUUGAGGAUAUUCUAAAGGAACUCACACAAGUCAAAGGGAGGGGCAUUGAUAUAGGUACUGGAGCCAGUUGUGUGUAUCCAUUACUUGGCUGUAAGAAAAAUAACUUGAGUUUUCUGGCAUCUGAGGUGGACGAAACAAAUUUUACCAUGGCUGUGAAAAAUGUACAAAGAAACAACAUGGAGGAUAAAAUCAAAGUUAAAAAGGUUUCUGGUAAAUCCGCUCUUCUGGAGCUGUUAGAGAAUGAGACUGAUGAGUUUGACUUCUGCAUGUGUAAUCCUCCAUUCUUUGCUGAUCACAUGGAAGCCCAGGCUAUCACUUCCUCCCGAUCAGACGACAGGGCGGAGCCAACAUCUGUCAAUACAGCUAGUGUGGGAGAAAGUAUCACAGAGGGAGGGGAAGUGGAGUUUAUCCGAAAAAUCAUUGUAGAGUCGGUGCAACUUCAGAACAGAAUCAAAAUUUUUACCAGCAUGAUUGGGAAGAAGACAAAUUUACCUGCUGUAAAAAAGGACCUCCAAGAUCACAAGAUCCCAAAUUACCAGUCAACAGAGUUUUGUCAAGGGAAGACAAUGCGAUGGGGAAUAGCAUGGACUUUUGACACAAGUGUUUCAUUUCCUAGGUCAUUAUUUCAAGAAACCAAGAAGAAUAAGAAGCUGUCUGCUCCUUUAAAGUACACAGUCCCCCAGUCUGCUGUGGUUGUCUAUGAUUUGGAGCAUGUAGCUGACAAAGUGAUGGGGAUACUCAAAUCAUUAGAGAUUGAGUACACUAAGUCUGCUGACAGCACGGCCAAAAAAAUUCAUCUGAAACUGACAGCUUACAAGAAUACAUGGUCCCAUCAACGGCGCAAACGAAGGGAAAUGAAACGUCAGCAGGAGGAGCUUAAGGCCGAGUGUACGGAGAGGAAGAAACAAAGGAAAGAAGAACAUGCUGAUGACAAAGACAAUGAAAAAAACAAAAACUUGCAAGAAAUUCAGGAUGAUGUUGAUUUGAGUAAUCCGAGUAAUCAUUCCAAACGAAAAGGUGCUCCAAGUAGUGAUGAGCAUUCACCUAAAAAACAGAAAGUGGAGGAGAAUUUGAUUCUGGAUGAUAGUGAUCAAGGUGCUUUAAAACGAAAAGGUGCUCCAAGUAGUGAUGAGCAUUCACCUAAAAAACAGAAAGUGGAGGAGAGUUUAAUUCCAGAUGAUACAGAUUUGAAAAAUCAAAGUGAUCUAGGUCCUUUAAAACGAAAAGGUGCUCCCAGUAGUGAAGAACAUGCAAAUAAAAAACAGAAAUUGGAGGAGACAAUAAUUUAUUCUGAUGCAGAGAAAAGGCUUGGAGAUAGCAAAAUGACAGAGAAUCAAGACAACACAACAUCUAAGUCAGAAGAAGUGGGAAAACAGACAACAUCCAGUAGUCCUAUAAAGGAAGGAACCAAAGAUGUGUUCCUCAUAAAAUGUGACUUAUACAUAACACUAUCACAGUAUGUGCACAUUGAAAUGGUGUAUGGGGAAGGCCAGAAAGACCAGAUGAAUCAGAUAUUACAGUACAUAAAGAACCACAUAGCAUGGCCAUAAUGACUUUUUAUUGGCUUGCCUAUGCAUUUAGUUGUACUUGCUUGAAUUUAAUACAUACAUACAUGUAUGGAAAGUGUAAGAUCAUAAAACACUAAUAUUACAAAUAAAUUAGCAAAAAAAGCACUUUUAAAUAUAUUGUAAACUUCACAGUUAUAUUAUUUAAAGCGAAUGAAUAUUACUUGGCUGUAAGCAUCAAUUCAUUAUAUGCAUAUUCACUAUAAGCAUGGUUUACUGUAUAAUAACAAAAAAAAAUGGGUCAUGUAAUUUGCAUGCAAGGAUGAAUGAUGAUCAAAAAUGCCUGAAAUUUGUAGUUUUGAUAAUUUUCAGUAAUAAGCAGUUUCUAAA